AGGGGUAGGGACGGUGGCGGUGUCGUUAUCGAGGGGGUGGGAUCUGGUGAGGCCGUGAUCGGCUCCCUCCCCAUUUCCUCUCUCGCAUUUUAGGAUUCUGGCCUUUGGCUGUUCCUCGCUCCGCAGUUUUAUGAUGGAUGCAGCAGAUAAUGGCAGUGCCCUGAAUGGGGCAGAAAUGCCCCCAAACCCCUCCGUGUCUGUGCCGCAGCCGCAGCCGGAUCCUCAGCCUCAGCCUGAAGACAAGGCCUGUCCGGGUGAGGAAACCUGGAAAAAUACCCGAUGUGGGCGCUCAUCCAAGAAGGGAGCAGAAACAUCGCCACCAACUAGUGAAAAACAGGAAUCUGUCUCAUUGAAGAAUCAGGACCAAAUGUCACCCAAGAGACGAGAGCAGGCAGAAAAAUCUCCGCGGAAAUGUAAGACCCACCGAAAGGUUGGACACAGACAUGCACACUUUCUCCAUGGCCCUUCUCCUGAUACACACUUUGGACCUAAAGCCUCCAUUCUGCAAAACUCCACUAGUAUCAUGCACAUUCAAGAUCCAACUAGUCAGAGACUGACUUGGGACAAACCACCAACAAAUGUGCUGGUCAUCAAAAAAGUUAAGGAUGAAGCCCUUCUGGAGCCCUUCAAAGAACUAUGUACUUUUCUCAUUGAGGAGAAGCACUUGGUUGUAUUUGUUGAGAAGAAGGUGGUGGAUGAUGCAGCACUUGCUAAAGAUGCAAAGUUUGAGCCCAUUAGGCAGCAGCUCAGCCCUUUCAGAGAAGGUUAUGAUGAAUUGUCUGGCUGCAUAGAUCUAAUCAUUUGUCUGGGUGGUGACGGCACACUGUUAUAUGCCUCCUCCCUCUUCCAGACUAGCGUUCCUCCUGUAAUGGCAUUUCAUCUUGGCUCACUUGGAUUUCUCACGCCUUUCAAAUUUGAGUCAUACAGAAAAGAAGUGACAAAUGUGAUUGAAGGAGAUGCCAGGAUAAUUCUGAGGAGUCGCCUGAAGGUGAAGGUGGUUAAGGAAUUAAAAACAGCAGAAGUGGAGAGGCAAUACCAAGCGCAGGAUAAUGGACUGGUCCCACAGAGUCAUAUUGACAACGAGGCAGGAAAAGUCUUCAUGCAAGUACUACAUGUGCUGAAUGAGGUGGUGGUGGAUCGAGGCCCCUCCUCAUACCUUUCAAAUGUGGACUUGUACUUGGAUGGGAGACUCAUUACAUCUGUGCAGGGGGAUGGUGUCAUCGUGUCCACCCCGACUGGUAGCACAGCGUACGCUGCAGCAGCAGGAGCUUCAAUGAUGCACCCAAAUGUACCAGCCAUCAUGAUCACACCGAUCUGUCCUCACUCGCUUUCGUUCCGGCCUAUUGUAGUACCAGCAGGAAUGGAGCUAAAGAUAAUGUUGUCACCUGAUACCAGGAACGCAGCGUGGGUCUCAUUUGAUGGUAGGAGAAGACAGGAAAUUCAACAUACUGAUAGCAUAACAGUAACAACAUCAUGCUAUCCAGUGCCAUCAAUCUGUUGCUAUGAUCUAGUCUACGACUGGUUUGAGAGUUUGGCAGAAUGCCUUCACUGGAACGUGCGGAAAAAGCAGUCACGCUUUGAAGAAAUCACAGAUUCUUCAGAUACAGAGUGUUAGUCCACAAUGGGUGCAUCCCUUUCCCCAAACAUUGCUUCCUCAUAGCAAAACUUGAUAAUACUUUGUUCUAAGCUUCUGGAGUAUCUAUCCUGUUUGUAAUGAUAAACGGAAGACAGUAUUUUGUAUCCAAUUGUAGUGUAUAUUUAGCAUUCCAAUUUUUUGAUAACUUAAUUUAUCCUGGACUACUCACUGGGCUUCAUGUCAAAGUUGGGGGAAGAUGCACCAGUGCUUUUUAAUGUGAGCUUGAAUUCAUGUUGCUUCUAUUUUUUUCUUUUAAGGAGCCUUAGCUGACCAUUAUCAAUCAAACUUGUGCAGUAGAAUCUGGCUUUGGAACUAUUUUGUUUAUUUACUUGCUGCAGAUGUGCUGUAAAACAAAGUAGCUUUGUCUCUAUUGAUGAAUCUUGAUAGUUGGGGUGUCCCUGUUGUGUACUCUGAAAAGCAAAUAAGCCACUGUCCUGUUAUUUACUUAACUGCCUUAUGAAAAAUUCAGGCAAAGAUGAUGAGUGUUAAACUUUGCUAAUUGCCAGCUCACUCCCAGCAAAAGAUCUAUCUGCUGAACCUCAACUAUACCUUAUUAGCAGUCAGUGCCAAGAAUGUGGGGAGGAAGUUGGUUGCCUUUUAGUAUAUGUUAAUACCUGCUCAAGGACAAAUGUUGUAUUCAACAUGCGGGAGGUGGGGGGGGAAGGGAGGGGAGAAAGAUGAUUUUUCUUAUACACUUCUCAUUGACAGUUACUUUUCACAUUGGAGUAAUUGAUACUUUAAUUUGAGUGUACUUUUUGUACAAGCAGCAUAGAGGCCAAAAAUUAUUUUAAAAUUAACACCAGUGCAAAAUAGCAAGUUGGUGAAUUUAAGUAUGCAGUGAGCUUUGCACGAUUUAACAUUUUUAUUCAAGUGGUUUGAUUAUUGCACCUCCAUUUUAACUGCUGUUAGGAAUGGGAUGACACCAGAUUCUAAUGUUAUUCCAUUCACUGUGAUCCAAGAAGGUACACUCAAAACUGAGUUUGCAGUAGCUCCAUUUGUGUUGUGAACAAUCUCAGUUGAUGUUCUUAAGGCCAAACUGUUGCACCAGGCAGUAUUGUUCAGACUAUGCAGAUAAGUGUAGAGGGAGACCCAUAUAUAACUGUAACAUUGUUUUUACUGUAAAUCUGAAUGUUAUGCCGAAACUGGAUUACUGAUGUUGAGUGAUAAGAGACCACUAUUUUCAUUCAAAAACCUUAACUGCAUGAAAGUUAAUGGAUGACCAACAAGUGAUUUCCACAUGAAAUUAGUGGCGUUUGAGUGACAGUCUUUAAAUUUAAAGACUAUCAAACAAUAUAAAUAUAUUCUUUGUAGAUAAAGGAUGUUACAAUGACAAUGAUGUUAAACUUAUUGCAGAUAUACUAGUGACAUAAGCCACAGAACAAGUUACGUUUCCAGUUAUAGAACAUCAUACAAAUUUAGCAACCAUUUUCAAUAAAAGUUACAUAAACUGUU